CUGACUGCUGUCCCAAGUCAUUCUCAGUAACUGCUAAUCACUGACACGGUCAGCUACCCUUCUCUCUCUCUAUCUCCAAAACCUUUGCCACUGUCUUCUUCCAUAACAAAACACAGUUACUUACACCAUACACCUUCAAUGUGAAUCAAGCUUCUUCAUUUAUUUAUAGCACCUUAAGCCACCACACAAGGUGGCGCACCCGAACCCACAAGAGGUGGAGUGAACCAUUCUUCACCUCUCUCUCUCCCAUGGGUCAGACCCUUAGUUGCACACCCAACCAUGACCACGGCCUCUUCACCGCCGUGCAACAGGGUGACCUCCAAAUUGUCACCACACUCUUAGAGGCCGACCCCUCUCUCUUCCACCAAACCACUCUCUACGAUCGCCACUCUCCGCUUCAUAUUGCAGCAGCCAAUGCCCAGAUCGAGAUUCUCUCUAGGCUUUUGGAUGGAUCUCUCAACCCAGAUGUUUUGAAUCGCCACAAACAGACUCCGCUUAUGUUGGCAGCAAUGCACGGGAACAUCGCGUGUGUCGAAAAGCUUCUUCAAGUCGGAGCUAAUGUGUUAAUGUUUGAUACCAUUUCCGGGAGAACCUGCUUACACUAUGCCGCAUACUACGGUCAUUCUUCUUGCCUUAAGGCUAUUCUUUCCGCUGCUCAAUCUAGUCCAGUGGCUGCUUCUUGGGGGUUUGCACGGUUUGUGAAUAUUAGAGAUGGAAAGGGUGCAACGCCAUUGCACUUGGCGGCUCGUCAGAGACGGUCCGAAUGUGUACAUAUUCUGUUGGACAGUGGAGCUCUUGUUUGUGCUUCAACCGGUGGAUAUGGCUGUCCCGGGAGUACUCCGCUUCAUCUAGCAGCUAGAGGGGGAUCUCUUGAUUGCAUUCGUGAAUUGUUGGCAUGGGGUGCAGAUCGUCUUCAUCGCGAUGCAUCUGGACGGAUACCAUAUAUGGUUGCUCUGAAACACAAACAUGGAGCCUGUGCAUCAUUGCUGAAUCCUACAUCUGCAGAACCUCUUGUCUGGCCGUCUCCAUUGAAGUUCAUCAGUGAGCUUAAUCCUGAAGCUAAAGCUUUAUUGGAACAAGCCUUGAUGGAUGCAAACAGAGAAAGGGAGAAAAACAUAUUGAAAGGGAGCGCUUACUCUCUUCCAUCUCCAUCACAUUCUGAUGGGGUAACUGAUGAUGUGUCUGAGGUUAGUGAGUCGGAAUUAUGUUGCAUCUGCUUUGAACAGGCAUGCACAAUCGAAGUUCAGAGCUGUGGCCACCAGAUGUGUGCACAAUGCACACUAGCCCUGUGUUGCCACAACAAGCCCAACCCUGCCACAGCCUGUCUCACUCCACCAGUAUGUCCAUUCUGUCGAAGCACCAUAACAAGACUCGUGGUCGUGAAAACAGAAUACCAUGAUGAAACUGAUCUAGACAAUGUCGACACAAACUGUUCCAAGAUGAGCAAGACAUCAAAGAAAUUCAGAAACGUGAAUGACAGUGGUAGCAGCAGCUUCAAGGGGUUAUCCAGUGUAAGUUCAUUCGGGAAGUUGGGUAGCCGCAGCUCUGGAAGGAUCGCUGCCGAGUGGGUCGAUAAACAGUGACGGCAAUUGCUUGUGGUAACAAAUGAAUCUCACAUUGGCAAGAUACCGUAACUACAUAGGUGCUUAACCGGCAAGGCAAAAAUCAAAGUUAAAAAGUAAAGGAAUAUUAUGUAAUUUUGGGAAAUAAGCAAAGUGAGUUGAAAUGAAGUGAAGUUGGCGGUAGGUACCAAGUGUUGUCGUUGGGAACAGGAGAAGGGUAUGUCGUGUUCUUGUAUUAUUAUUAUUACCAUUAUUAUUACUUGAGAAUGAAGAAGCAUCACCUGGAUCGAUGAUUUUGGGCA